ACCAACAGGGGUAUUACUGUGUGCACAAAUUUCUUGACUAAGUACAAGACAGAAUUUGUUUCAGGUUCCGUUCACAGUGUGGCAGACAUCAACGGUACAGCUAGUAGUGUGAGUGUGGGCGACAACAUUAUAUUUGACCUUACGGGGUCGUCAGCUUCUUUUAUCUUGCCCCUGUCAGUUGCCAGUUGGUCGCUUGACAUCAUCGAUCGUCGCUAGAGCCACAGUACCGCAGUUUCCAGUUGCCGCUAGCCUCCGUUGGUUCCUGACGUCUGAGUUCAUAUUCAGCAUGACCCACGUCUAUCUGCAGCUUGUAUCGUUUCCCCAGCAUUAAGCAGUAGUAGCACCAGCGCAGAGGCUGCUGUUGUCGACGGUCUGUCGGUCGCUAUCAACGCCGCCGCUGCUUCUCGCAGGAGUCGGAGCCGCUAGCUGCUGCCCAGCGUCACUCUCCGGUACCAAGCUGGCAAUGGUUGGUCUGUUCGUGCGGCCUUUGCUACGGCUGUUGUGGACUACGCUAAACUGGGCGAACAGAGCCACCGACUAACGGAGGAGCAUACAAAUCCUACUGAUCGGGCCGGUUGCGUCGUCACCGUCCUGGACCAGCAACGGCAGUCGCGAAGGGGCCUCCGGCGAUCGCUGCUCCCAUUUUGACUUUCUUCGCAUUCGUUGGCCGAUCACGACUUUUCGGACCUUGAGGCAUUAGGGGUGCCUGUGGCAGCGCCUGCGUACCGCGGGCGCUUUCUCAGUGCAACCUAAUCGGAGUAGCCGCCGCAAACGUCGUCCGGGCACCGUUGACGGGGAAGACGAGGGCUACGGCUAUAUCGACGGCAACAACAAACAUCAACCAAGGAAGGACAAUCAAGGGACGGCACCUCAACAUCAUUUUCGUGCGAAGUGAAGGGUGCAUAGUCGGUACCUCACUUACUGAAGUGCCGCUGGUAGGCUUAACACUUUGCUUCUGCCUAUAAUUACGGGGCAACCGUCGAUAUUGGUCGUAUUGGUCAGCAGUAGCAUCGAAUGCAUCAACGCUUCGCAUCGGAAAACUCGACGCCUUCCACAGUUCUCACAAUUUACAAUUCGCUGUUAUCGGUAGAGGCAAGGCUCUUGUUAAUGCUAAUUCAGCUGUAAGCAAAACGUAAAAAGCAAACAGAAAAACUAUCGCGCUUACUGCUUGUGACGUCUAGCAACACUCUUGACACCAUGAUUAUAGUCUUCUUCUGAGUGUGCCGCAUUCAAGACGAGCCCUUUGAGCUUGUCCGGUGACAGUAUCCUCCCCCCCCCCGAGCGAAGGACUUCACGAACAGCCUGUCGCAUUUUAAGCAGUGCGCUAGCGAAGACGCACAAAAUGAGUGAUCACGGUGUCGUCAAGCAGGGCUAUGUCCGUCAACGAAGCAAGAAGCUUGGCGGGGUCUGGCAGAAACGGUGGUUAGUGUUGAGAAAGUGUCCAAACAUGGGUCCCCCCAGACUGGAGAGCUACACUUCAGAGAUGGACUGGAGAAAGUACAGCACGGACAUGGAUAGUGGUCGACACCGCAGCUAUCUAGGUAGCUGUAGGAAGUCCAAGGUUUAUCUGCUUGACCAACGCCAGCCGAAAGGUGGUGCUAUUUCGGUAUCGAGACUGCCGUCAUCCAUACGAAAGUUCUCGUUCUGCGUCUGCUUCCAGACGAGUAAUUCUGAGAACAAUCAUAACCACUCCGAUAUUCUAGUUGAGGGGCGACAGACCCGAAGAGACGGGAAGAUCAAAACGUUCGCCUGUGAGUCGAACUACGACGCCGACGCUUGGGUUAAAGCCAUUCAGGCCGAAGCCGGUCAGCUGUCGGAAUCUGGUGAAGGCAUACUUCUCGGCGGUGCGCCUGAUGUUGUUGCUUCUUCACUUCGUAAGGAGAUGCUGAAUGAUACCUUCCGAGUAUUUCUCGUCUCGACCACAGCCCUCGACGCGUGUGGUGACUGUUUAUUACAGGUGGCUCCUGAAAACCUAUACGUGUACAGCAUGCACGAACCCCGAGAAAGAUUGGCUGCGUGGCCGCUAACCGCUCUGCGGCGUUAUGGAAGCGACAGCGAGAAAUUCACUUUCGAGGCUGGGCGUCAUUGCGCGACAGGCGAAGGACUAUUCGUUUUCUACGGGCCACAUAGCGAAUCAAUAUACCAACGAGUCCACCAGGCUACAUUAGCAAUCGCAGCCCAGGCGAACGCCAUGGAACCUACAGCUCCGCAGUACGAGCGGCGACCGUCCAUUGGUUCAAGUCCGAGACCGAAUUUCAACGAGCUACGACACAGCCUGGAGGAGGACCUUAACUCGAGCUUUACAGCAUCCACGACGACUAGCCACUUCGCUACUUCGGGUGGGGUGGUGAAGUCAACACAAAACCCCAUUUCGUUUAGAUCUCACCUACUGUCGCUGUCUACUCCGAGUGGACUGGAAUGACAGAUAACACACCGUUAGUCCGCGACUGCUACCUCACCAUCAAAAAGACCACGUACAGCAAUGUCAUAGACACACAACGUAUUCAGCGGGUGCUACUGAGCGGGGGAAGUGGUUGAGUAUUACCAUGCCCGGGUCUCAUCUCAGAGUUCGUUUCUUCCUGUUGCGCAAAAUCUUUUAGAGCGGUGUAUUCAGAUCGGAAGAGGAUAUUGGUGCCCGAGUAGGUUCUGCUUUUAGGUCUGAUCUCGCGUCACAGUAGCAGAACCCUCUCGUGCUCACUGGCCCUGUUGCAACCUGCAUGCAGGCUCAAGAUCUAUUGGUCUUAUUAUUGACUCUUAUUUUUCUGUAUAAUGUUCGGCCGGGACUCAGCCGCAAGCGUAGCGAAAAUGAGGAACGCAAUGGACUGGACGAAGGAUCCUAGUAGGAGGAGUUCCGCAAAGAAACUCCGGUUUGCGAUGUAGAUUUAUCAAAAGCGGAGGAGAGUGACCACCGUUGUCAACCAGCGACAACUACACUCCACUGUGACUAGUAUUGCUAGUACAUAUUAUCACACUGAAUGCGGUAACUGAAAUCUCUAGCAAUAAUAGCAGCAGGAGCAGUAUUCAUACAAGAAGGAUGUUGAUUGUAUCGUAUUGUCGACGUAAACCUUUUAGCCAAAGGCGACCGCAGAUGAUAUCUCGUUGGUUGCUUGCUAGCUACCAUGUAGAAGUGUUUAGACUGAAUCAGAGCGAAAAAACAACAGAAUUAACAGAGAGCCAGAAAAACCAACAUCAAAUAAAUAUAUCGAGAGCUUUGAAAAGCAGCGAUAACAGAGCCAUCGGAAGAUGGACAACACUAUUUUGCGCUAAGACAGUCGAACCUGUGAUGGCGGUCGUGGCUAACUGCGUCUUUCGAGUGGCAGUGAUGCCGAUGCUCUGCUUUUUAAGCGCAUCUUGCUCCGCAGGUUUUUUUCUUCCUUUGUAGAUCAUGACGAUGCAGUUACUCUUGUUGCUGCUGCCGCUGCAACUGCCUCUGCUGUUGGUACUUGGCAAUGGCCUUUCAAUUUGAUCCUCUUUCUUUUUAUGUAUAUCUACAAUAUAUAGACACGAAUAGCUUUAAUCGCCAAUGGUGGUUUCAAUUCAAUUGUAGGUAUCCACAGAUUCGGCUGUGCGUGUGAGCAUACAAGGUAGUUCUGCUGCCGACUUUACUAUCGAUGUCGUGUACACACAGGGACAGUGCCUUUCCCGACGAUGCUUGUUUUUUUUUUGUUUUCUUUUCGCUAUUGUCCUUGUUAUGCUUCGUCACUUCGUUCAUUUUCGAUGUUGGCAUCGUUAUCGUGCGCUUGUAUGAUGUACGAAAACCGCUCUUGAUUUUGGUUCUGGCUUACGCUUGCUGAUCGUGAUGCGUAUUCUGCAGUGUUCUGCGAGCAGCGCCAGUCCGUAGCGUUGAUUUCUGUUGCGGCUGCAACGAGCAAAAGUGCUCAUAUUAAUGCUAUAGAUCAGCAAUACAUCGUACUUAUUUACCAAUAGUAGUGUAGGACGUAUCUAGAGGCGAAGAUACGCUGCAAAUGGCGAGAGUGCGACUGAUCUCGACGGUUAUCCUGUACAUAUAUAAACGAUUUAAGUAGUUGCAACCAGCGAAAAUAAAAUUUGUUGCGACAAUGCCUUAUCAUGAACGAUAACGGCUGUGUCGCCAUCUCCGUAACAGUAACUCUCGACGAAUUGUAAACAAUAUCAUAGCCAUUUUUACGGCUGGUGCUUACGUUGAAGUCACAGCAUACGUAGCACCUCUCACAGCUAAGUAACUAGUCGCCCGUGUUCGCGUGAGAAGUUCAGCAGAAAUUCGUUAGGCACGCAAAUAAAGAGCCAAACUGGCUGGCCCAUGGCCUACCCGUUUUACAACGUAUACAUGGAUCUAUCUAUGUACGGCCAGUAAACGCGAUCGACUAAAC